ACCAAAGCCCUUGUUAGUAUGCUUUGAGCAGUGUUAUAUAAAUACAAUUAUUAUAAUUAUUGUGAAAGGUACAAUGAUGAAUUGUGAGUGUGCUCCCUCAACACCUUAGACGAGGAUAUGAUCGAGACGGACCGCACCAUAGAUAGAACAAGUAAACAUCUAAUUUGUGAGACGGACGCAGCAUGAAUUUCAGCAUAACAUCAGCUGUUAUGAUGCCAGUUUGAGUAAAUCGUUCAGUAUCCCACCCUCAGUUUUCUUCCCACGGGCGCUACUUUCAGAACCGGACAGCUCCAAUCCGUUCCCACGCCCCGCCCACCUCCGGCAGACUGGCAGGGAGAAAAGACCACACGCAGUCGUGGGUUGAGGCGAUACCUCAGGUCUGUUGGGAUUUUUUUUUUCUUGUAGAGAGGAACUUCAUGAACAAUUUGCUCCUCGCCUCUUUUUAUCAAUCACACGGAGUGGCCGCUUCCACCUCGAAGAGGAGUCACGUUGAUUUGUACAGAGUUACGAGACUUGUCUUGGAUGCGAGGCUUGGGGGGAGCUUUGAGGGGAUCCUGCGUGCAAUGAAAAGUAGGGAAUUACUGUCGGCUGUGCCUUCAUUGUGCAGGACACAUCCUUUUGUCAGUGCUCGUUAAAUUGGCGAGGCUACUGGUUAUGCUCGCAGCACUUUCCCAAGCGCUUUCUUCUCGGUGUCCCUGAAGAAGAAGACGAAAAAGAAGAAUGGCUCUCCUGGUCGUGCUUCUGCAAACGGGGCUCGUUUUGGGCUCCAACUACGGCUACGUGGAGUGGUCGGAAAACGACCGUGACGAGAACCCUUCGGUGUUCAGCACGCAAGGAAUCAACAGGGAGCCGCCCCGCCGCCAUCCGACCUAUUCUCACUCGCCGCCGGCUACGGAGCGCACGGUGGUGGCGCACAAAAUCGAGGAGGACCUGCCGAGGGUGGUGACCGCUUUCCUCCACAGCGGCGACUCCUCCGCGCUGAGACAGGUCAACUGCUCACGGAGGUACGAGCUGAGCAGCCUGCGAGGCGGCCUGCAUGUCGCCACCCACUACUCGCUGCACGGCAUCCUGGAUACCAUGACGCACGCCACCAACUUUUUGAACAUGAUCCUGCAGGCCAACAGGUCCCGAGAGGACACCUUACAGCGGGACCUUCACUGGUAUCAGGCGUUGGUUCGGAGCAUGCUCGAGGGGGAUCCCAAAAUCCACAGAGCCGUGGUAAGCUUCCACGGGGACGUCUUUCUGCAGGCGACCCGAAACCAGAAGGAGGUGGUGCUGCAGGACCGGAUGCUGAAGAGCAGGAACUCCGAGUCCGAGUGGUUGAACGAGUUUAGGGACGGAAGGAGAGCAUAUACGCUUAGAAAGGGAUCGGAACCCAAGAGUGGAGUUUACCUUCUGGACAAGAAUCAGAUCAAGUGGUCUGCGCCUUACCUGGAAUGUGAACACGGGGCUUUUGUGCCCUAUUGGCUUCUCACCUUGUCAGCUGGCUUCUAUGGACUCAAGAGAGACUCUGCACUAGAGUUCAGGGGUGUUGUUCGUUUGGACGUGAAUUUGCAGGAUGUGGAUAUUGACCAGUGCUCCGACAGUGGCUGGUUUGCCGGGACACAUCGCUGCAAUCUUACCAGUAUGGAAUGCGUGCCCAUCGCUGGCCACGGAUUUGUGUUGGACAAAUACAAGUGCCGAUGCAAGAGAGGAUUUUACCAUCCAAGCCGUGUGGCGCUCAGUGACUUGAACAGUAAGGCGCAGGGCUCUCGCAGGGACGACGUUUCUGAUGUGGCGAGUAAGUGCCUCCCUUGCCGGGUGGGCUGUCCCUACUGCAGAGACAACACACCCUGUCUGGCCCGGGAGGACAGCGGGCUGCGGCUUGCCGUGGCCUCCUUCCAAGGCCUGUGCGUGCUGCUGGACUUGGCCAGCAUGGUGGCCGUCUACCACUUCAGGAGAAGUAAGAGUAUCCGUACUUCUGGAUUCAUUCUAUUGGAAACACUGUUGUUUGGAGCUUUACUGCUGUACUUCCCCGUUAUGAUACUAUACUUCCACCCUAGUGUGUUCCGAUGUAUACUCCUGAGAUGGGUUCGCCUGCUGGGUUUCGCCAUCGUGUAUGGCACCAUCAUCCUCAAGCUGUACAGAGUAUUGAAGGUGUUCCUGUCGCGUACGGCGCAAAGGACACCCUACAUGACCAGCUGGCGGGUCCUUAGGAUGCUGGCAAUAAUUGUCUUGGUGGUUCUGUGGUUCCUGGUGGCCUGGACCUCUGCGGUAUGCCAGAACCCCGAGCUGAGUCGGGCCUUAAUCACAGCCGGCCUCUCAUCGGAGGGGCUGCAGUUUAGUCUGUGUCUGUUGGACCGGUGGGACUACAUGAUGGCCGUUGCGGAGUUGCUAUUCCUGCUGUGGGGUGUUUACCUGUGCUACGCCGUCCGAACGAUUCACUCAGCUUUUCACGAGCCACGCUACAUGGCGGUGGCCAUCUACAACGAGCUACUCUUAUCGGCCGUCUUCCACAUCAUCAGGUUCUCCGUGGCGCCCGGCCUUCACCCCGACUGGAUGCUAAUGCUGAUCUUCGCUCACACUCAUCUUACCGUCACUGUGACUGUGGGACUGCUUCUUGUUCCAAAGUUCUUUACAAAAGGGACUCAGGCUCGGGAUGAUAUUGCCACGGAGGCCUAUGAAGAGGAGCUGGACAUCGGAAGGUCCGGUUCUUACCUCAAUAACAGCAUCACCUCAGCCUGGAGUGAGCACAGCUUGGACCCUGAGGACAUACGGGAUGAGUUGAAAAAACUCUACGCCCAGCUGGAAGUCUACAAACGCAAGAAGAUGCUGGCCAACAACCCUCACCUCCAAAAGAAACGCAAUUCCAAAAAGGGCCUCGGUCGCACCCUGAUGAAAAGGAUCACGGAGAUCCCGGAGACCAUGCACAUACACCGCCAGUGUAGCAGGGAAGACGGCAGCGAGCACGGUAGCAACCGCAGCACUUUGAGACGAAACCACCUGGAGAGCAAUCAGCACGGAAAACCUCGAGAAGAUUCCCUCAAGAACAAAGUCGCAAGCUUGCAGAAAUCGCUGAGCUACGAUCACGUUUGUGACCAAGAUGACGAAAGUGGAAGUCAAAGCGGCUCGGCAGCGGGGGACAAAAUGACUCCGGUGGGCAACGGCGGAGAGGGUUCGCUUCUCGGUUCCCUCAUUGGCCGCAAACAUUGCAAAAAGCAACUGGAACCGGUCGCGCCGCCCUCCAAGCUGGAACCGGCAAAGUCCACCGAGUCGGUUGCCCUCUUCUGGAAGUCGGCGAGCGUUCACAACUUAACGCACGAAAAGAAACCGGUGCACCUGCGCACCUCCAUCAUGCAGAAGUCUCUCAGUGUGAUCGCCAGCGCCAAGGAGAAGAUGCCGGGCCUCGGCAACAAGACGCAGAGCGUGGAGGAUGCCAGCAAAAAAGGUGUGAAGGGUCCAGAGGGGAGGAUGUUGUCAGAGGUGGAUGAGACCCCGGAACAUUUUCCCAAAAUGAUCAUCAGCCAGUCCGUGGAGUACUCCAAGACGCAUAUGAAGAUGGGCAUCAUGAAGCAGCAGGUGAGUGGUAGCCAGCCAUCCAUUUGCUCCGAAACUGGCAGGAACUUGUACGAUGUGUCCGAAGUUUGUCCCUGGGAGCCGGAAGAGCCUCAAACACCAUCUGAAGCCAAGACACAGAAGCACGUGUCCAUCGCCCCGGACGAAAGCGACGCAGGGCGAAGAGGGAGCGGCGGCUCGGGCCUCGGCAAAUGCGGCCGGUCUCAGCAGAGGCCGAAAACGGGGCAGUCUCCUUCAAACAGACGACGCUCCAAGGACAGAGGAGGGGAGAGGGAGGAGAGCAGGGAAACGCGGAAAGCGCGCGGACCCAGGUCACCUCUGCCUCUCAAGCCGGAUGUGAGCCCCUGGGAUUUUGAGGAGCAGCCCAUGCUCGGUGGCGUUUCGGAGGCCAUUUCCCCCGAAAGAAUCCGCCGCAAAAAGAGCGUCACGCCGACGGACGGUAAGCCCAAGGCACUCCGCUCAGACCACUCCAAGUCCACGGGAAGCUUGUUGCAGCCUCCCUCCUUGAUGGUCGAGAUCUGCCCGUGGGAUUACAACAGCCCACCCUCACCCAAGCAGGAGAAGAUCUGCAGCAGCCCUUCCGCGCACAAGAAGAAACGGAAAGGCUCCUGCUCAUCCAACCAUAAAGCGGAGAAGGAGAAGGGCAGGGAGAAAAACCGGGAACGACGGAGCUCCUCCGGUAAGCCGCCGUCGGAGAGAAGGCGCGUCAGCCAGUCGGCCGAGUGCGCCGGGCUGGUCUCUGAGCGGAGGAGGAGCUCCAGCAAAGACCCAGAGUGGGCAGAGAUCAGGAGGGCACGUGAGACCGAAGCCUCCGACAGCAGUUUUGGUCAGACUAAAACUUCCACCGACAGGAAGAAAGAGCGGUCUCACAAACCUGCGGUCGGUAGCGGUCCAAAGAUGGCUGACGUUUGCCCCUGGGACUUUGAGGACCAGGACCCGGCAGAGAGAGCAUGAUGACCGCUGUCAUUGACCGAUUGUCGUCACAGACUUACAGCAUGACCGAGUCAAGUUUCAAAUGUUUGAUUGAGAGGAACCAAAAGAUGUUCACGGCCAUUUUUAAGUCCUGCUUUCGCACUUUUCAUUGAGAAUGGUGGCAAUUUGACAAAACGACAUUGAGCUGUGUUGUACCAAUUUUAUUUUUGACACAACGAGGUCGCUAGAGGAGUGGGGGGGGGGGGGAGUUGCCAAUACUUGGUGCACUAAUUUUAAUGUAGGAAGCACGCGCUGGAGCCAGAUCUCGAAAUUCCUACCAAGACAACUCGGUCUGGAUCUUAUCGUCAUGUGGAAGAAAACCGAUGUUGCCGAUGGUAAUGGCAUUUGAAGCAAUACGUUGCCAUUCCACUGCAAAUUAUAUCAGUGACAUCGUUUGUUUUUCUUGUUUUCAUUUUGGACUCCUGAAUUUUUGACCGUUAUGACACUGCAUCAACGUGUAUCGGUUGUUUUGUCCAUGCCUGAGUAAACGUCUCCCAUUCCGCAAAGCGGCAUGAGACUGGAGACAUUUAGAGCGAUGAGAGGAUUUAGUCAAAGUGCCAUGGCUUUUUUUAAUUUCUUCACAUCAGCAGUGCACUUGUUUUUCCGCCCGUCCGAUUACUCCGUCAAUGAAAAUGAAUGGAAUAUUUUUCGACCAGAUGCAAACUCAAACACGGUUUGAUUAAAUUUAAAUCCAAUAAUAGAAGUGAAGAAUUAAUGUGUGACCCAUCAGCAAAUGUGUUUGAGGAAUAAUUUUGUCAGUACUUGUAAAUUGUAUGUGCGUGAGUAUGGGCUGGAGUGGGAUUUGUUCUCCUUGUUUUUAUUUUUAUUUUAUUGUUCUGAAGUGUUUCCUGAUCGAAUUAAAAUCAACCGGCAGAUGCUUCCUGGUCAAUGACCCCGAUGCCGAUGAAUACAAUUCAAAUAUUUGCAUGUUGCUGUUGCGUUGCUUUCAAUGCAACAUCUAAGUCGCUAUGAAUGAGAGUUUGCUCUGCAAAUACUUUGCUUGCACGCCGCGCUACCUUUCCACAUUAUAUGCCUCCACUUCUUUGACACACGGAAACUUGGAUCUCACUUGUAUUUUUUCAGAUUUUUUGACACACAAAAACAAUGGAUUCUUCUUCCAAUCAUGUUGUUGGAUAUUGAUGCACGCGUUCCCUGUAGAGCAAAGAUAUUAGAUACUAACAAUGCACCAAAAAAAUUAAAAAAAUAGAAGCUGUGUGAAUCCGGACCAAAUACUUUCUUCACAGCAUGAUGAUGAAGAUGAUGGCGUGUGUGUUUAGAAGAUGGGAAUGACCGAAUACAGUAUUGUUGCCCAGUCUUUAUACCUACCGUCCGUCGGCACCAUGGAAAAGCCAUCGCAUGGGGCAACUAAUGAGUCUCCGCGUGUAUAUUGGUUUUCUUGUUGCAACGGUGGUAUUAAUGUCGUUCCGGUUCGGUUUCAACAUAUCUAAUUUCAUAACUGAACUUCUCUGAUCAUCAAGCUUUCAGAAAACAGCACAGAUGUAACAAGUAUUUUCCUGAACAUGCAUCAACACUCUUUUUUUACUUGGCAAACAUUCACUUCUCACUAAUGUUUUUUGUUUUACUAUCAACCUUUAAAUAUAUGUUUUGUCCAGUAUUUUAUGCUUCCUGGUUUUCACUCCCAAAUUGCUGCAGACUCUUUAAGCACAAAUGGGAAAGUAUUUCUUUGUGACUAUUCAUAUUGUGUUGCAUGUAUAUACAAUGAAUACACUUUUGUCAAUUCAGAAUUAAAUAUUUCUAUUCAAACUCA